CUGCCCAUUACAAACAACGCUCACUUGCAAACAUCAGCGCCACUGUUCUUAGUACUCUGAGGGCCUUCAGGCUCCCUUAUCUGCGGCUGACUUUUCUCCUUCCCCUGCGACAUAUAUAUCUACUUUCCUACAAGAGACCCCCAAAUCUUCGUUCCGAUCGCCCCACGUCAUCAGUUCGCCGCCGCUGCCCCGGUCGCAACCCACCGCCAGUUGUCCGCGUUGUCCGCGCUUUCCCCAGUUUCCGACUAGCUGCCAAAAGGGUCUCUUAAUAUCCAAAGAAUCUACUGAAUCACUCCUCGGCCGUUCCAUCGCCAGCAGCAUCUCACACCAUGCCGAUCAGAAUACGACUUCGAGCGCCGAAUGGCAUGCAUACGAUAACGCUGCAGGACGACGCCGCUGUCUCCGACCUACUUUCCUCGAUCUCAGACGUCACGGAUCUGCCUCUAUUCGAGCUAAAAUGGGGCUUCCCGCCGCAACCCCUCGACCCCGCCCUCUACGGAUUGCCUACGUUGCUCUCAGACACUGACCUCAAGCUCAACGGAUCACAGCUGAUCGUAAUCGCGCAAGCCACCGGGGAUCCCAGUGAAGAAGUCCAGGCUCAGCAACCCGAACAACCGAAGUCCGCACCACUCUCGCUACAGAGAAAGCAGAACGAGGCGCUGAAGGAUACACCUGAGGUCCCGGUUCCUUCAAGAGCGGGCACCAUAGUUCUCCGUGUCAUGCCGGAUGACAACUCGUGUAUGUUCAGAGCACUCGGCAGCGCUGUACUUUCGGACUCGCUCGAUUCCAUGACCGAGCUACGAUCGCUAGUUGCACAAGCUAUACAGGCGGACCCGGAGCGAUACAAUGAGGCGAUCCUGCAGCGGAAACCGGAUGAAUACUGCCAGUGGAUAUCAUAUUCGGACUCCUGGGGCGGCGGAAUCGAGCUUAGUAUCCUGUCCCAAGAAUUCGAUAUCGAAAUUUGCAGUAUCAACGUUCAAGAUUUGCGCGUCGACCGAUUCAACGAAGGGCGACCAAAGCGAUGUAUACUUGUAUACUCGGGGAUCCACUACGACACAAUUGCAUUUGUGCCUGAGGGCAGUCCCACAUACGAUACGGAUAACGAUAUCAAGCUCUUCGACGCGUCUGACGAUACAAUCCUAGAGGCAGCCAGGGAGCUGUGUGCAGCCCUUAAAAAGAAGCACUAUUACACCGAUACCCAGAAAUUCGACAUCAAGUGCAACACUUGUGGCUGGAAGGGCGCAGGUGAGCGUGGUGCCAUGCAGCAUGCAGAGGAAACGGGGCAUACCGACUUCGGAGAGGCGAGCUAGGCGGCGAAUGUUCGAUAUCCUACUUUCGGGAAACUGAAUAGCUUCACGCUGGGUGAAAAAUAUUUUUAGGGGCGAUUGCAUUUCUAGUGGAGGUCCUUUGAAUGAAGAUAUACCCGCAUGGUGGACAGUGUAGAGAUAGGCUUGGAGCAAUCCAAUUAUAGCACUUUAAGCGUUUGUGCUCGCUGACCGAAAAGGAUGAAUUCGGAUUUCUUACCCGAUUCCCACCACCACGCCGGCGCAGCAGGCGAACAGUCCGUAAGCCGUCC